AUGGAGCACUCCCAGGACGACGCAUACUACCAGCAGCAGCAGCAGCCAUACCAAGGCUAUCAGCAUCAGCCAGCUCAGCAACCCCACCAAUUCAUCGACUAUCAGCAGCAGCAACAACCCCAGCAACCUCAGGGUUAUGUGGAUCCUUAUGGAUAUCACCAAGGCAUUGCUGUCCCUCCCCAAUCUCCUCCAGUGCAAGUGACACAUUCGCCGUUCGUCAGGACGGAUUCGUCUCAGAAUGUCAGCUUUUCAGAGAUGGCAAGGAUGGCCGGAAGACCUCAGACUUUUGACGAGAUGUACUCUGUCCCCGAGUCAUUCCUCGAGAUCGAGAUCCGCAACGCCAUGACCCACGGUAUGGGUCGUAAGAUGUAUACCGACUAUGAAAUCGUCUGCAUGACCAACAUCCCCGCGUUCAAACUGCGCCACUCUGUCGUUCGCCGCCGCUACUCGGAUUUUGAAGCUUUCCGGGAUAUAUUGGAAAGGGAAAGUACGAGGGUCAACAUACCGCCUUUACCUGGCAAAGUCUUUACAAACAGAUUCUCGGACGAAGUGAUUGAACAAAGGAGAGAGGGGCUUCAGAGGUUCUUGGAAAUUGUAUCUGGACAUCCGUUGCUGCAGACAGGCAGCAAAGUGCUUUGUGCGUUCUUGCAAGACCCUAACUGGGAAAAGUCCCAAUGGCAGUAG